AUGGCGCCCGGCCGUAGUAUGGGUAGGACUUUCUUACAAGACCUACUCUUAUAUGCAGCCAGCACCGCUUUCAGUUGUCUAGUCCUUUUCGCCGCAGUACUGUUGCAGGGCGUGAUAGUGGGUGAUGUGGUGAACCCAGAUCACAUAGACGUUGAAUUUGUAUCUGUUGCUGGGUUUGAUAGAAUCAAAGAAGCUUUGUAUGAGUUGGUUAUUCUUCCACUUAUAAGGCCAGAGCUUUUUGCUUAUGGAAAACUUUUGGGUCCCCAGAACGGGGUGCUUUUGUACGGUCCACCAGGGACAGGAAAAACCAUGCUCGCCAAAGCCAUUGCAAAAGCAUCUGGGGCUGUCUUUAUCAAUGUUAGAGUCUCAAAUUUGAUGAUGGCUGCUGUCUUUAGUUUGGCUUAUAAGUUGCAGCUAGCUAUUAUAUUCAUCGAUGAAGUGGAUAGUUUUCUGGGGCAACGACGAGCCAGGGAUCAUGAGUUAAAUGAGAAAUAUGACUUGUACUUUGCAUCGGUCUCAACUUACCGGUGCUUUUGGUGUGUGGUUACAGGCACCAGGACCAUUGUUAAAGUUUUGGCUACUCCCGUUAAGAAAUUAUUUUCCAAAUGGUUAUCAGAUCAAAUUUACAAUGGAGCACACCAAAUUUUGAUGUUCGUGAAUACUACUAACAUUGAGUCGGAGCCUAAGUCCUUGAGGAAUCAUUAA